CUUUUUUUUUCUUUCAAAGUCAAAACAACAAAUUGGAAUAAAAUUUGAUUUAACUUUAAUUAACUAAUUAAUUUACGAUUAUGGGUCGAGUUGAUGGUUGGAUUAGGCCUUCCGAGCCUUCAUGUGCCGUUAAACUUACUAAUGGUGUAGCCUUGGGAGUCGCUCUUGGUAUUGUUGCUGGUAUGGUCUCUGGUGGGGCUGCUUGUCUUAGAUUAGGAUCACGAGGUCGUGAUAUGUCCAUGAGAUUGAUGAAACAUUCAUCUGUUGGUAUUGGUUGGGGUGUUGUGGUUUGUGGCCUAAGUCAAGCUUCUAGAUGUUGAUUUAUAUUUUGUUGGAAUUUAAUUUCUGUAAUUAGAUGUCAAAAGAUUUUCAUUGGUAAAGAUUCUGAUCAGUUUCAAUGUUUGAUGAUUUUACUCUCUCACUUUAAUAUCUACCUUUACUCUCAUUGACUGACAAGUUACCUUUACCUUUUUCUUGCUGAUUCUAAUCAUGAUAAUAAUAAAUAUUAUUCUCAGUCUCAAUUGAAUAGACUCAGAAUAUAUUAGUUAAUAUUUAA